AUGGAAAACGAAAUAGAAAAUGCGGAACAACAACUAAACCUAUUGAGCACAACAAUGCCGAGAAAACGAUCGAAAUCAAAAGAUCAACGGUCACGAGCCGUUUCUCAAGUAAUAAUUCAACAUUUAUGGGCUGUUCUAUUAUUAUUCGCAGUUGUGGCUGCAGGAAUUGUUGCAAUCAUUUAUAUUCCUCGACUUAUGAAUAAGAAUGAUGAAAAUAUUGUUCUGAAACAAGGAACAUUCUUUGGUAGAAAUCCUUAUCAACGAGGAAGUUCAAAUGAUGAUUAUGGUUUAAGUCGCAGUCGAAACAAAGGAAGACAACUAUUUCUUCGACGACAAGGUCCACCUGAAGCAAUUGGUCGAGUCAUUCUUUUCUUCAAUCAACCAGCGGUCAAUGGAAAUCGAAGAAUUCCACGACGUGUACAUAUCCCUGCCAUUCAAUAUGACCGACGACGAUUUUCUUUGGGAGAAGACUUUACAAAAUAUAUGCUUUCAACUCCAAUAUUUGCCCAUCGAUUCACUAAAGAAACGAUUAUUUAUUCAUCAGGAUCAGUUUACAUUUUACCUUCGUUGAUCGAUGCUGAUGAAAGACAAUAUUCAAUUGCUUCGCUUAUUGCAUCUGGUCACAUUAGUUUAGUUGAUCCAAGAAUAAGAUCAAGUAGUUCAUCGGAUAUGACACAUUAUUUUCGAUCAACACCGAUAAAUGGGCCAGGUAUUCCUGAUAUGGAUAGGGAAACGGGAGGAUUUUCUGGUAGUAUGCAUACGAACAUCGGCUCUUUCGGUACCGAUGAUGAUGAAGUUGAUGAAGAUGAUGAUGAAGAGGAAUAUGAAAACGAGUAUCGAAAGCCAUCGCGUGGAAAGAAUAAAUAUGAUCCAACACGAACUCGUCAUACACAAUCACCGAAAACUUCGAAAACAUCAACAACUUCAACGACAACGAUGAAAAGUACCACGACCUCAACAAACGAAGCAAUUUCAACUCGUAAACCUGUUCAUGUACAUGCCACAUUAAUUCUGGAUUAUAUUUAUCCAUAUCCACAAUCGAAAAAACCCGUUAUAUCUGCGAAUUAUUCCUAUCCAGGUCCUUUAAUUGAAGCUUAUGAAAAUGAUACUUUGAUCAUUCGAGUAAUCAAUCGAUUAGAUGUUCCAUCAGGUAUCCAUUGGCAUGGAAUUUUACAAUUUGGUACUCCAGAUAUGGACGGUGCUAUUGGUGUUACACAAUGUGCAAUACCUCCAAAUCAUGAAAUGAUUUAUGAAUUUAAAGCCGAACCAGCAGGAACAUUGUGGUAUCAUGGGCAUCUUCUUGAACAAUAUGCAGAUGGUUUAAUUGGACCAUUAAUCAUUCGUCGUCAAGAUGAAUAUUAUAGUGAAUUAUAUGAUAGUGAACAAACACUUUUAAUUUCUGAUUGGUAUAAUCUUCGUGCACAUCAUGAUUUGAUGUCUUGGCAUUCACAUCGUUUAAAUCCAUUUGGUCUUCCUCCUCUUCCAGAUGCAAUUGUUGUCAAUGGGAAAUUUACUCAAUCAUUGUUCAUUCCACUGUCUGGUUCUAAACAUAUUCGAUUUCGAAUAGUAAAUAGUGCUAUUUAUUCAAUGUUUACACUCUCAAUUGAUGGUUUACCUUUACAUGUUAUUGAAGUUGAUUCAACUAUAACUGAACCGUAUGUUGUAGAUUCAUUUGCAAUCAAUGUUGCUCAACGUAUUUCAUUUUAUGUUGAUUUAACUGAAUUAGAUUCGACAUAUGCAUUACCAAAUGGAUCAUUACCUCAAUCGCUUUUUAUUCGAAUUAAAGCAGUUACUUCGAACUUCUUUGAAGAUAUUCUCAAUUAUAUUCCUCCCUAUGAAAAUCAGUCUUAUCCAUAUCCAACAUUUUAUACUCCAUUAUAUGUCGCUAUUUUAUCAAUUGAUUCAACAAAUUCAACUCCAUCUUACGCAAUUAGUGCCGCGACUCCAAUCCCCGCCAAAACUGUAACUCCAUUUGAAACAAAUCUUCUUGAUGCUCGACCAUUAACUCAGACUGAAACAACAAUUCCAAAUGCAACACAUUAUUUAAAUGUUCGUGUUAAAUUUGAUUUUGGUACAGAUGGACUUGUUCAUGCAUUCAUCAAUAAUGUCACUUAUUCUUCAGAUGCCAAUUAUAUGCAUAUGAGAGAUGAUCCAGCGAUAGGAUUUACUUCAGAUCUGAAUUUCAUCACCUUUUUAGAAAAUGAAAAUUCUUUAUCAAUUAUUCAAAGUGAUCAAAAUGGACAUUAUUUAGUUCCUUAUAAUGCUGUUCUUGAUGUUCUCAUCAAUAAUACAGCUGUUGGUGAACAUCCAUUUCAUCUUCAUGGUUUUACUUUUUGGGUAAUUGCAACAUCUGAUUAUCCAGAUGCUGAAACAUUGUAUGCAGGAAAUUAUUUACAACGUGAUACGAUUAGUGUACCAUCAGGUGGUUGGGCGAAAAUUCGAUUUCUUGCUGAUAAUCCUGGUGCAUGGUUCUUUCAUUGUCAUAUUGAUUGGCACAUGGCUGAUGGAUUAGCGUUGGUUUUCAUUGUCGCACCCGAACAAAUGGUGGCUAAUGGAUAUCAAAUUCCAGAAAGUGGAUUGAAACUUUGCAAAGCUUUACAACGAUUCAACAAAACUUAUUAA